ACUUUCUUUUUUUCUUACCCUAGCCGUCGAGAUAGCGAUCCACUAGAACAUUUUCUCUUCUUCCACCUUGUUCCUAUCAACACGCCAUCCGAAGAUCAAUUCAUUAAUUGGAGAUUCUCCCUUCGCCGCGCCCAUAGCCGCAGCAGCAUCCGCGGCGGUGCAGACCCGGAAAGGGAGAAAUAAAAGCUAGGAUUUGGGUCAGAGUGCGGUAAGGAGAGGGAGCGGAAGAAGGGGAAGUAGAAGAUGACGGGAAAGGCGAAGCCGAAGAAGCACACGGCGAAGGAGAUAGCAGCGAAGGUCGAUGCAGCGACGACGAAUCGCGGCGGUGGUAAGGCUGGGCUCGCAGACCGAUCGGGACAGGAUAAGGGAGGGCAUGCUAAAUUUGAGUGCCCCCACUGCAGGAUAACCGCUCCAGAUAUGAAGUCGAUGCAGAUCCAUCAUGAAGCCCGACACCCUAAGAUCCCUUUUGAAGAAUCAAAGCUCACCGAUCUCCAUGCCUCCAACGCUGGCGAUCCAUCCAAGCCCCGCCCAGGGGUUCGGGGAAGCUUCAAAAAAUAGCUUCAGCUUUGCUAUUUCGUAUAGCAGUGUGAGCUUUUCAAUAACCUUUGCUUUCCUUCUGUCAUAUUCUGUCUUUGGCUUCAACUUUUACGAUGUCGUGAUGUAUUUUUAUGAUAUUUGCUCGACUUCAUGCUGUCAUCGCUGCUACAAGUAAGAACAUGUGAGAUUCCGUAUGUCUUGGUUAUCAGAGGACUUGAAGUUGAACUUUUUGUAGUAGUUUUCUUAAACGGUGCUUGCUUUUAUGUAAUGCGCUUCCCAUAGCUUAUUAAUCUGGGUUUUUGUUUUUUA